AUGACAACCUCAAUUGCGUUACUGAGGUGCUUUCUCAUCCUGACCUGUCUGCAAUUGGUCAAGGCUGUUGCGGAUUGUUCCCAUGUUGCUUUGUUCCCGCAACGGCCCUCUGUCAAAUUCGACAUAGUCUUGACAGAAGGGGAUAUAUCUCCAGACGGAUAUUCGAGGAAGGGAAUUUUGACAAAUGGCCAAUUCCCUGGACCAUUGCUCGAAUUGUGCCAAGGAGACGAUGUGGAGGUUUCUGUAUUGAACUUGCUACCGUACUCCAUCACUGUUCACUUCCAUGGGAUUGAACAGAGACUCACCCCAUGGUCAGAUGGUGUUCCAGGCCUUUCACAAAGAGGGAUCAAGCCGCAGGCGUCUUUCACCUACAAAUGGAAAGCAACCGAAUAUGGAAGCUACUUCUAUCAUGCGCAUCAACGAGGUCAUAUUGAGGAUGGCUUGUAUGGGCCGAUUAAUAUACAUCCUGAUAAUUCCGUUGAGCGGCCUUUCGCAUCGAUUACCAGUGACGGUGAUCAGCAAAAGGCAAUGCGGAAUGCGGAGGACAAUACUCAGUCUAUCAUACUUUCAGAUUGGCGACAUAUGACAUCAGAACAAUUGUGGGAGGCGGCAAAGGCCACAGGACUUGAUGCAUACUGCGCCAACUCGUUGCUGAUCAAUGGCAAGGGCUCAGUUUCCUGUCUAUCACCAGAUACGAUCAAUGCAUUCACAAGCGAUGUGCAAAGACAAGUGCUUAACGGGUCUCACCUAACUGAUAUGGGCUGCAUACCUCCAACCAAUAUGGCUGCCCAAGGUCCGUAUCCCCACAACUUCACCAAUAUCCCAGACGGCCUAUUCUCAGGAUGUACACCUACAGCCGGACAUGAAGGGAAAGAAAACAUACUCGUGUACCCAAGCGCUGAUUACGUGAGUUGGAACAUUAUAUCUGCUGCUGGUGUCGCCGCAUUAUUGUUUUCAGUGGACGAGCACCCGAUGUACGUGUAUGCUGUUGACGGCCGAUACAUCGAACCAGUGCUGGCUCACGCGGUCAACUUGGUGCCUGGGCGACGACUGUCCGUGCUUGUAAAGCUUGACAAGCCACCGGGCCACUACACCAUUCGAACAGUUGUUAGCGGUAUUAACCAGAUCUUGAACACUACUGCUGUUAUGUCUUACGUGAAUGCUGCGGGCGGCAUUGGCGAGCGAACGUCUACUGGGUACAUCGACGUCGCAGGGCAGAAUACCACCGCAGAUGUGAGCUUCUUCGACGAAAAACUGACAGUUCCAUUUCCGGUAGAACUGCCAGCUCAGACGGCGGACCAAACAUUUGUUCUCAAGAUCGAGCGUUUCGGAAACACCUCAUACACGUGGACUCUCGGUAACACCAGUUUUCCACUUGCCCUCGAAGAAGCCGCGCCGCUUCUCUUUUACCCAGACUCGGAUGUUGCAAACAGCGGCCGCGCCAUCCAAACCAAGAAUGGCAGCUGGGUUGAUCUCAUUUUCCACGUCACUUCACCGAUUCAGCCUGAUCAUCCGAUCCACAAGCAUUCAAACAAAUUCUUUCUCAUUGGAUACGGGCAAGGGUUAUGGAACUAUUCUUCUGUUUCUGAAGCGGUCAGAUACAUCCCCCAGAGCUUCAACUUCAACACCCCACCGAUAUUAGACACAAUCGCGACUCUUCCUGCUAGCACGGGCCCGACUUGGAUGGCUAUUCGGUAUCAAGUGAAUAACCCAGGGGCAUUUCUCAUCCACUGUCAUAUCCAGGUCCACACCAGCGGUGGUAUGGCCCUUGCGAUACUAGACGGGAUUGACGCAUGGCCAGAGGUACCUGCAGAGUAUCGAUUGUCCUGA